UUUCCCCAGCUGGGUCAAGGGCUCGGGGAAGGCCUGGCGCGGAGUCGCUCCCCCGCGCUUACACCCUGGCCUCUUCUGAGCGGGCUCCACUCUCUCCGGCUCCUCCCCCUCCCCGCCCUUCAGGGCUUCCCCGGCCCUGGCCUAGCUCCCGAGGCUCUGGGUCGCCUUCUCUCCAAAGCAGCUCUUAGCGCCACUUUUUCUUGCAGUCGGCCUGGGGGCGGCCACUCCCUACUCUUUGCCUUUUGGUCGUAUGAACCCCAUUAUUUGGAUUUAUUUUCCCGGAACUCCUGUGUGCCCUUCCCCCCAUCCAAUCCUCAUUGGCCUGGUUCUGUCUUCUCCUAGGGCGCAUGUGGCUGCCACUCAGUAAAUGUUAGUAUCGCUUCCGUUCUUUCCAGCCUGGUGGCCAAAAAAGGGAUAGUCCAAAUUUGUCUCCUACGGGAAUAUUAGAGUUCUCACUUUUUUCUUGGGCUGGAGCUGAGGCCGGCUUGCAUUCCAGUGGCAAUCGGCGUGAGUUCUGCUUAUACGAGAAGUGUAUCCUGACUUGUAAAUUGAAAAAGCCGGUGGUGCUGCGGGUGUUCUUUUGGAGUAGUGUCUGGGAUCCAGUGCAAGUCGAAUCAUUGUUCAAAUAAGGUGUAAUUGAAAAGUGAUCCUCUCUUCAGCGAUGUCAAAAACAAACAAAUCCAAGUCUGGAUCUCGCUCUUCUCGCUCAAGAUCUGCAUCAAGAUCUCGUUCUCGUUCAUUUUCGAAGUCUCGGUCCCGAAGCCGAUCUCUCUCUCGUUCAAGGAAGCGCAGGCUGAGUUCUAGGUCUCGUUCCAGAUCAUAUUCUCCAGCUCAUAACAGAGAAAGAAACCACCCAAGAGUAUAUCAGAAUCGGGAUUUCCGAGGUCACAACAGAGGCUAUAGAAGGCCCUAUUAUUUCCGUGGGCGCAACAGAGGCUUUUAUCCAUGGGGCCAGUAUAACCGAGGAGGCUAUGGAAACUACCGCUCAAAUUGGCAGAAUUACCGGCAAGCAUACAGUCCUCGUCGAGGCCGUUCAAGAUCCCGGUCCCCAAAGAGAAGGUCCCCUUCACCAAGGUCCAGGAGCCAUUCUAGAAACUCUGAUAAGUCGUCUUCUGACCGGUCAAGGCGCUCCUCAUCCUCCCGUUCUUCCUCCAACCAUAGCCGAGUUGAAUCUUCUAAGCGCAAGUCUGCAAAGGAGAAAAAGUCCUCUUCCAAGGAUAGCCGGCCAUCUCAGGCUGCUGGGGAUAACCAGGGAGAUGAGGCCAAGGAUCAGACAUUCUCUGGAGGCACCUCUCAAGAUACAAAAGCAUCUGAGAGCUCGAAGCCAUGGCCAGAUGCCACCUACGGCACUGGUUCUGCGUCACGGGCCUCAGCAGUUUCUGAGCUGAGUCCUCGGGAGCGAAGCCCAGCUCUCAAAAGCCCCCUCCAGUCUGUGGUGGUGAGGCGGCGGUCACCCCGUCCUAGCCCCGUGCCAAAACCUAGUCCUCCACUUUCCAGCACAUCCCAGAUGGGCUCAGCUCUGCCAAGUGGUGCUGGGUAUCAGUCUGGGACACACCAAGGUCAGUUCGACCAUGGUUCUGGGUCCCUGAGUCCAUCCAAAAAGAGCCCUGUGGGUAAAAGUCCACCAUCCACUGGCUCCACAUAUGGCUCAUCUCAGAAGGAGGAGAGUGCUGCUUCAGGAGGAGCAGCCUAUACAAAGAGGUAUCUAGAAGAGCAGAAGACAGAGAAUGGAAAAGAUAAGGAACAGAAACAAACAAAUACCGAUAAAGAAAAAAUAAAAGAGAAAGGGAGCUUCUCUGACACAGGCUUGGGUGAUGGAAAAAUGAAAUCUGAUUCUUUUGCUCCCAAAACUGAUUCCGAGAAGCCUUUUCGGGGCAGUCAGUCUCCCAAAAGGUAUAAGCUCCGAGAUGACUUUGAGAAGAAGAUGGCUGACUUCCACAAGGAGGAGAUGGAUGAUCAAGAUAAGGACAAAGCUAAGGGAAGGAAGGAAUCUGAGUUUGAUGAUGAACCCAAAUAUAUGUCUAAAGUCAUAGGUGCAAACAAAAACCAGGAGGAGGAGAAGUCAGGCAAAUGGGAGGGCCUGGUAUAUGCACCUCCAGGGAAGGAAAAGCAGAGGAAAACAGAGGAGCUGGAGGAGGAGUCUUUCCCAGAGAGAUCCAAAAAGGAGGAUCGGGGCAAGAGAACCGAAGGUGGGCACAGGGGCUUUGUGCCUGAGAAGAAUUUCCGAGUGACUGCUUACAAAGCAGUCCAGGAGAAAAGCUCAUCACCUCCCCCAAGAAAGACCUCUGAGAGCCGAGACAAGCUGGGAGUGAAAGGAGAUUUUCCCACGGGGAAGUCUUCCUUUUCCAUUACUCGAGAGGCACAGGUCAAUGUCCGGAUGGACUCUUUUGAUGAGGACCUUGCACGACCCAGUGGCUUAUUGGCUCAGGAACGCAAGCUUUGCCGAGAUCUAGUCCAUAGCAACAAAAAGGAACAGGAGUUUCGUUCCAUUUUCCAACACAUACAAUCAGCUCAGUCUCAGCGUAGCCCCUCAGAACUGUUUGCCCAACAUAUAGUGACCAUUGUUCACCAUGUUAAAGAGCAUCACUUUGGGUCCUCAGGAAUGACAUUACAUGAACGCUUUACUAAAUACCUAAAGAGAGGAACUGAGCAGGAGGCAGCCAAAAACAAGAAAAGCCCAGAGAUACACAGGAGAAUAGACAUUUCCCCCAGUACAUUCAGAAAACAUGGUUUGGCUCAUGAUGAAAUGAAAAGUCCCCGGGAACCUGGCUACAAGGCUGAGGGAAAAUACAAAGAUGAUCCUGUUGAUCUCCGCCUUGAUAUUGAACGUCGUAAAAAACAUAAGGAGAGAGAUCUUAAACGAGGUAAAUCGAGAGAAUCAGUGGAUUCCCGAGACUCCAGCCACUCGAGGGAAAGGUCAGCUGAGAAAACAGAGAAAACUCAUAAAGGAUCAAAGAAACAGAAGAAGCAUCGGAGAGCAAGAGACAGGUCCAGAUCCUCCUCCUCUUCCUCCCAGUCAUCUCACUCCUACAAAGCAGAAGAAUACACUGAAGAGACAGAGGAAAGAGAGGAGAGCACCACGGGCUUUGACAAAUCAAGACUGGGGACCAAAGACUUUGUGGGUCCAAGUGAAAGAGGAGGUGGCAGAGCUCGAGGAACCUUUCAGUUUCGAGCCAGAGGAAGAGGCUGGGGCAGAGGCAACUACUCUGGGAACAAUAACAACAACAGCAACAACGAUUUUCAAAAAAGAAACCGGGAAGAGGAGUGGGACCCAGAGUACACACCCAAAAGCAAGAAGUAUUACUUGCAUGAUGACCGUGAAGGAGAAGGCAGUGACAAGUGGGUGAGCCGGGGCCGGGGCCGAGGAGCCUUUCCUCGGGGUCGGGGCCGGUUCAUGUUCCGGAAAUCAAGUACCAGCCCCAAGUGGGCCCAUGACAAGUUCAGUGGGGAGGAAGGGGAGAUUGAAGACGACGAGAGUGGGACAGAGAACCGAGAAGAGAAGGACAAUAUACAGCCCACAGCCGAGUAGGGGCCACCAUUGAUGGGAUUCCUGCCCAGGGGAGAGAGGCACUGGGAAGAUGGCUGGCUUAACAGAGGAACCUCAAGAAGAUUGCAUAAAUCCUACCCACACCCCCCACCAGCCGUGCAGAUUGUACUACCACAAAAGGCAUCCCUGGCACUGUCUCCCACUGGAUAGAGGAGGCUGGCCGUGGAGCCCGGGGGUCAGGCCCAGCUCUUGAGCAGAACACAACGCAUUGGGCUUUCGCUGUUUUUCUCAUUUGUUGUUGGUGUGUGGGGGUGGGGGCAGGGGUAGGGCGGGAGAGCGAUGCUUGGAUUUUUGUUUCCUAUUAGGAACCAACAGUUUUGUUCUAAUUUCUUUUCAUUUGGAGCUAAGAGGACUAAUUCGAUGAUUUUCAAUCUCUUCUCCCCUGUCCUGAUUUUAAAAGCCCUUCUUUUUUUUUUUUUUCUUUUUUCUUUUUUUAGGCAUAUGUAGUAAUAUUAGAAACAUUUAAUUUGGGAAACUUUGAUUCUUGAAAGAGAAAACAAAGCAUGUGAAUAAACUUUGAAGUGUUCACCUCAGUUUGGGACCAAACUGCUUGGAUCUUUGUAAAAACCGGUUUUGUAUGUCAAGGAGGAGUUUAAGGCCUUUCCGACCACCUUGUGUUCCCCUUUUCUGCGCAGCCAUGUAUCACGUGGAGUUGCUCCUAACCACACCUCACGUGCCCCUGAGCCCUAUUUCCUGAUUUCUUCUGGGCUGGACUUCCCUAUUCUCCACCAGCAGCUCCAGUAUCCCAAACUUUCUAGUCCUGCUGAUCCUCCCAGCAACGGGGUGGAAACUGGAGGGCAGUGUCUGGUCUGUUUUCUAAGAAACUUAUGAAUUCUAUUAUCUUUACAAAUAUAAGAUGAGAAAAUUUUUUCAAUAUUUUUUAUUAAUCUUUUUAUAAAAUGAAACUCCUGUGAUCGAUUAAGGAAGGUGGUUAUGGCUGGGUGGUUCAUGGGGUUUUUUUGGUUUUUUUUUUCUUUCUUGUCUUUAACCUUAAGCUGUUUAAGUUGAAGCAUUCUCAGAUGUUUGGGGGGAAACAUCCUCUUAAAAUGGGUCCUUGUGCUUGCCUUCUGGGGAGGCGGUCCUGAGCAGGUGAAUCAUAAGGCAUUUAUGCAUAUGUUAUAUGCGGACUGCACCCACCUCUCCCCCCAGCCUUUGCGUCUUGGGUUGUUGUGCUGCUUUCCCCUUACUUUGCUACAUUUCUAUAGUUAAGUUGGUUUUACUUGAAUGAUUCAUGUUUAGGGGGAAAAUGAAAAUCUCCCUUAAAAUUUGUUUCAACUCCUCCUGCAAAUAAAAUAAAUGAAGUGGCAGAUGUAAA